AUGGACGCAUUGAAGCAGACUUUCAAGCGGUGCAAGGCCGAGAACCGGUCUGCCCUAGUGACCUAUGUCACUGCCGGCUUUCCGAAGCCUGAGGACACCGCCGCCGUCAUGCUCGGCAUGCAAAAGGGUGGUGCGGACGUCAUAGAACUCGGUGUCCCCUUCACAGAUCCCAUUGCCGACGGCCCCACGAUCCAGACCUCCAACACCGUCGCCCUCCAAAAUGGCGUCACGAUCGGCUCGGUGCUGCAGAUGGUGCGCGACGCCCGCCAACAGGGCUGCACCGUCCCCGUCCUGCUCAUGGGCUACUACAACCCUCUGCUGUCGUACGGCGAGGAGGCUCUGCUGAGAGAUUGCAAAGCCGCCGGCGUGAACGGCUUCAUCGUGUGCGAUCUGCCGCCCGAGGAGGCCGUCUCUUUCCGCAAAUUCUGCAGCAGUGGCGGUCUCAGCUACGUGCCCUUGAUUGCGCCGGCCACGAGCGAGACCCGCAUGAAGAUCCUGUGCCGCCUCGCCGACAGCUUCAUCUACGUUGUCUCGAGACAAGGUGUCACCGGAGCUCUGGGCUCGUUGAACGCAAACCUGCCAGCCCUGGUAGCACGAGUGAAGCAGUACAGCGGCGACAAGCCCGCCGCCGUCGGGUUCGGUGUCUCGACUCGGGAGCACUUCCAGAGCGUCGCCGAGGUCGCCGACGGUGUCGUCAUUGGCUCGCAGAUCGUCACGACCCUGCAAAAGGCCGACCCGAGCAACUUGGCCAAGGCCGUCGAGGAGUACUGUGCGUACGUUUGCGGACGCACCUCCACCGCCCAGGAGGAGCUCACGCGUGAGGUCGGUGUCAUUGAGGCCAUCAACGGUGCCCGGGAGCCUAACGGCGAGAACGUCACGGUCAACGGUGUCAUCACUGACCAUGACCACGACAACGAUGCUCUCAUGGCAGAACUGGGCCUGCUGCACGGCAAGAUCCCCGACCGCUUUGGCGAGUUCGGUGGCCAGUACGUGCCCGAGUCCCUGAUGGACUGUCUCUCCCAGCUCGAGGAUGGGUUCAACGCCAUCAAGGACGACCCCAAGUUCUGGGAAGAGUACCGCGGCUACUACCCCUGGAUCGGCCGCCCCGGCCACCUGCAUCUUGCCGAGCGCCUCACCGAGUACGCCGGCGGUGCCAACAUCUGGUUGAAGAGAGAAGACUUGAACCACACUGGUUCGCAUAAGAUCAACAACGCUCUCGGGCAGAUCCUGCUGGCGAGGAAGCUAGGAAAGACCAAGAUCAUUGCCGAGACUGGUGCUGGACAGCACGGUGUAGCUACCGCGACUGUCUGCGCCAAGUUUGGCAUGGAGUGUACCGUCUACAUGGGUGCUGAGGAUGUGCGCCGUCAGGCCUUGAACGUUUUCCGUAUGCGUCUGCUCGGCGCCAAGGUUGUCGCCGUGGAGGCCGGGUCCCGGACGCUCCGUGACGCUGUGAACGAGGCCAUGCGCCAGUGGGUUACCGAGCUCGACACCACUCACUACAUCAUCGGUUCCGCCAUCGGCCCGCACCCGUUCCCGACCAUCGUCCGAACCUUCCAGUCGGUCAUCGGAAACGAGACCAAGGAGCAGAUGCUCGAGAAGCGUGGCAAGCUGCCCGAUGCCGUCGUUGCCUGCGUCGGUGGCGGCUCGAACGCUGUGGGCAUGUUCUACCCCUUCAGCAACGACCCCAGCGUGAAGCUGCUAGGUGUUGAGGCCGGAGGUGACGGUGUCGACACGCUGAGACACAGCGCCACCCUCACUGGAGGCACCAAGGGUGUUUUGCACGGUGUCCGCACCUACGUCCUGCAGAACGAGCACGGUCAGAUCUCAGACACCCACUCCGUGUCGGCCGGUCUCGACUACCCCGGUGUCGGCCCCGAGCUCUCGUCCUGGAAAGACAGCGAGCGCGCCAAGUUCGUCGCUGCCACCGACGCCGAGGCCUUCUUGGGUUUCAAGCUCAUGUCUGAGAUGGAGGGCAUCAUCCCCGCCCUGGAGAGUGCCCACGGUAUCUACGGCGCCAUCGAGCUGGCCAAGACGAUGAAGAAGGGAGAGGACGUGGUCAUCUGCCUCAGUGGACGUGGAGACAAGGACGUGCAGAGCGUGGCGGACGAGCUGCCCAAGCUCGGGCCCAAGAUUGGCUGGGACUUGCGUUUUUAG